GAUCGGAACUUACAAAUACUAUAUUUUUGUACAAUAAAUGAAUUGUUAUAAUGGCUUGUAGUAAAGAAGAAAUAGAAAGAAAACGAUUAGCUGCUUUGCAAAAAAUUAAAACAAAGCUAAACACUACUAAUUCACAAGAAUCCCGAAAUAUUUCGAAUAGUAUUUCGAGUCGUAGUGUAUGUGGUAGUCCAGUCUUAAAAACAUCAAACACCAAUGCUUUUCAUCCAUAUCAAAAAACUGAGAGAAAAAUUGGCCUCGAAAAUGCAGUUGUUGAUAAAGUUGUUAGUGGAAGUGUUUAUCUUAUAUCUGAAGAUCGAUUCGAAGUCAAUCCUUCCGAGUUUUGUACACCACUUAUAAAUGUUUUUAAAAGUAUUCACUCAAAGAGUUAUGAUUCCAAAUCAAAGCUGUGGAGUUUUUCGAUUGAUGACUAUCAUGAGUUGAUGUCUAAGGUGUCCUCUUUGGCACCUUUUAUUGUAUUAGGACCUCUGCCAGCCUAUGUUUUGAAAAUUUUAAAAGAUAAAAGUGUGGAUCCGGAUUCAGUGGAUCUUUCACCCAUAGAAUCAACACUAAGGAACAAAUUAAUGCCAUUCCAACAGGACGGUGUAAGGUUUGGUAUUGCCAAGCGCGGCAGAUGCAUGAUCGCAGAUGACAUGGGCCUGGGGAAGACCUUUCAAGCUCUGGCUAUAGCGAGCUACUACAGGCAUAACUGGCCGCUCUUAAUUGUUACUACAUCCUCCAUGAGGGAGACCUGGCAGAGUAAAAUUCACGAGUUGCUCCCGUCUGUGCCCCUGAUGAACAUUGUCACGCUGACAAGUGGCAGGGAUGCCGAUAUGGUGGCAGACGCUCAGACAGAAGUGGUGAUCGUUAGCUAUAAAAUAACAUCAAUGCAUACAGACCUGUUGAAGAGAAAGAAGUUUGGAAUUGUUAUCAUUGAUGAGUCGCAUUACCUCAAGUCCCACAAGGCACAGUGCACGGUGGCCUUGAUGUCGAUCGCGCGGCACUGCCCACGGACCGUGCUACUCAGUGGCACUCCGGCCCUCAGCCGCCCUGCAGAGCUCUACACGCAGCUGGCGCUCAUAGCACCCGACCUCUUCACCUCCUAUACUGAAUACGGUAAGCGAUAUUGCGCGGGAAAGCAGACGAAUUUCGGUUGGGACAUGUCCGGACAAUCGAACCUGGCCGAACUUCAGGUUAUAUUGCAGAAGAGGUUCCUAAUACGACGCACUAAAGAACAGGUGCUAACUAAACUGGAGGAAAAAACCAGAGAGUCUGUAAUACUGGACCGGUCGCUGCUGCAGUUCAGCAAAGACCAGGAGUUGGGGCUCAGUCAACUGGCGCGGUCGUACACCACGAGCCGGAGUAGUGAGCGACACACCGCGCUGGUCACCUUCUUCAGCGAGUCUGCCACCAUCAAGAUACCUGCUAUAUGCAAAUACAUAAGACAGCUGCUGAAGGAUUUCAGCGGCAAGUUCCUGGUGUUUGCGCACCACAAAAACGUGGUGGACGCCAUCUGCCUGACGCUGGAUGAGACCGCCACCAGCUACAUCUGUAUCGUGGGCUCCACUCCGGCGCACACCAGAGCUGAUCUUGUGGACAAGUUCCAGCACGGGUCAUGUCGGUGCGGCGUGCUGUCCAUCACAGCGGCCGGAAGCGGCCUCACGCUCACUGCUGCCGACCUGGUGCUCUUCGCUGAACUGCAUUGGAACCCUGGGAUACUGACGCAAGCCGAGUCGCGCGCGCAUCGUAUAGGACGUUCGGGUGCCGUGUGCGUGCGAUACUUGCUCGCCAACGGAACCGCAGACGACUACAUGUGGCCCAUGCUGCAGAACAAACUGAAUGUACUCAACAAUGUUGGGCUUAGUAAAGACACGUUUCAAGAUACGACGAUGAAGCACCAGGAAAACAAUAGCAGUAUACUGCAAUAUUUGUCUCCGAAAAUAGCAAGAAAUAAAAAUGAAUAUAUACCUGGAACUAACAUAAGGCUUGCUACAGCUCAGGAACCUGAAAAUUCUCAUAAAAAUAAUGCCACUGACGAUGAUAAUGUUGAUAAUUUCUUAGAAGAUGUCGAAGCCGGUCCUCAACAAAUUAGGCGCACCGCUGUUUUGCCGAAGGUGAUCCGGAAGAAAAAUGAAUAAAUAAAUAUAAAAUAUAUUUAAUGACAAAAUAGAUACAUAAAAUAGAAAUUAGCAGCGCUUUCCGCACUAGGCAGGCCAGUGUCGCGGAAAACAAAUGAACAUACAAAUAGGUACGGUUAAGUUACAACAGUGGUUCAUGAGUGAGCUUCAAAUCAAAGUUUUAAUGAGUUCUGUAAAUAAUAUUGCAAUAAGUUUUACUUCUUCCUGAUUUCGUCAUAUUUAUUUGUUAGUGAUUGAAAAUAAUAUUAUGGUGAUAUUUACGCAACCAUUGAUGUGGAAACCUAGAGGUC